AUGGAUGCCGCCGUGAGUGCCAAAGACCUCACGCAGCCUCCUGUAAAGGUUCUCUUCCUUGCAGAGGAGGCGCAAGACGACAAGACUCAGCAAGUGGCCUCCAUGUUCUGUGCAGCAGAGAGUGGUGAUGCAGACGAGAUAGAAUGGAGUCUGGCAGCAUUUCCUGGCUCGAGUUGUACAGAGAAAGAGCUUGAAGGCUUCAAGUCGCACGGAGCGUUUCCUGUCGCCAUGAUCGCCGUCCGUGGUCUCAGCCUCGUGUGGGCCCUUGGCAUUCUCGCUCUAUCCGGGGCUCAGGGGCAAGAUCUUGAUCACCGGGCUUCAUUGCGGGGCCGCAAGGAGCAAGAGCAGUCCGAGGUGCAAGAAGCCGCGGACCAAGAGCCUGCCGACAAGGAGCAGCCUGGUGCAGAGGACCCAGCGGUUGCAGAGGAACAAACGCAGGUAUUGCAGCUGGAGAAAGCCAUGAAGAACACUGAGCACAAACUAGCCUUGUCGAUGGCCGUGUGGCUGGUUGUCCAGACGGUCCUAGUGACUUGCAUUGGCCUGCUGUAUACCAGCUGCUUCCAGACCAAGCCUUCGCCCGACGAGGUGCUGCAGCCGGAGCGUGCGCAGGAAGGCUUCCGGUACGGCCUUUUCGAUGGCUGCUGCCACAGCCUGCGGAUCUGCUGCUGCAGCUUCUGGUGCUUGCCCGUGCGCUGGGCCGACACGGCCAGCUCAUCGCAGAUCAAGUUUCUGGGUUUCGGCACGGCAGUCUUCCUCUUCCAGCUCCUCUACGUGCUUUCCAGGCUCCCGAGCGUCUUCAUCUCGUUCAUGGCCCCCUCCUCGCCCUCAGAGCCCUCUCCCAUGGGUCCCAUGAUCCUUCUGCUGGUAUUGGCGGUGCUCUUCCACGUCUUGCUGCUGGUGAUGCUUGUCCGAAACCGGCAGCGUGUCCGCAGCCAGUACGGGCUGCCCCACGGCACCUGCAGCACUUGCACCUGCGACGUCUUGGUCUGGAUCUUCUGCUCCUGCUGCGCCGGCAUGCAGGAGGCCCUGCAGGUGGAGUACGUCGGUGAGCCGGUGGAAAUCAGCGAAGGCAAGUCCGAAAGCAAGCGCAGCACCAUGUGUUCCUUGCUUAUGAGCAGUUGUAGCCUCAAAGAGCCAGAAGCAGAAAACACUCUGCAGAUCUUUGAUCGCUGCAUAGAUGUUUCCGAUUGGCGGCUCUUUGCACCUCGGACCUCCAAGGUGCGGGAUGGCUACGGCAGAACGCCUCUGCACCUGGCCGCUCUCAUGGGCCACUAUGAAGCCGUGGAGAAGCUCCUCGCACAUGCAAAGUGCAAUGUUAACUCGCUCGACGCCCAUGGUCGCACGCCGUUAAACCUGGCAAUGUUGGAGCCGAAGUACGUGCUGAAAGAGUCCAUGCGAGAAGCGAAGUUGAAAGUAGUAGCGCUACUGCGAAAGAGGGGUGGAAGACAAGCGGCCUUGUAUCAGAAAGAGUACCCGCAGCUCGGCAAGAAGACGGAACAGGAAAUAUGGAGCUGA